AUGUCCAUGACAGCAACAGAAUCAACGACAACGACAACGACAACGCCGGAUGCAGCACUGAUUAGUACACUUGAGGCACAGGUCCUCCAGCUUGCAGAUCACGACGCGUGGCUGGAUGCUCAAAUUCGGGACCUGGAAUGCGCCCUCAGCAAUGAUACGGCGGAAUCGACGGAGGAAGAGAAAGACUUGCCGGCUGGGGAGGCCAAGUUUUCGUUGGAAAAGCGGAUUGAUAUCUUGAAGCAGGACCUGGCCACCGCUGCUACAGUAGAGACUGUUCGGGAUAGGGUCAUCCUCAGUGCACACUCAGUCCCUGUAGUGUUGAGAGGUAUAUUCAGAGCAAACCAGGACGAGGAAGCAAAGAUCAUGUCAGAUGCAAUCGAUAAGCGUGAUGCAGCGGUCGAGGAGUACCUGAGUAUCCACAAAGACUUACAGACUGCAAGACAGGACCUUGUAAAAGCCCAGGGGACAGUUAUAGACCUCCAGGACGAGAACCGUAGACUCGCUCAGGCGUUAGCGCGCGAGACUGCGGCAAUUAAAGAAGGGGCCACAUCACAAGAGGCAGUCAGCAAUCGUAGGAUGGCUCAAAGAAUUGAAGAAGAGCUGAAGACGAUUACUAUAAAGUACAACGUCGUGUCGAAUGUGUUACAGGGGCUGUUGUUGGAGAGUGGGGUGGAUUGGUCGAACGACCCACACUAUCUGGAUGUGAUGCUCAAGUUAGGGCCUGCCUCUGACUAA